AUGAACCUGCAAACGACGUAUCACCGCUGGUGCUUGUCAUACUCUGCUGCUCAAAUCUUGCGCUACUUCGCUCCUCAAUUCGUUACAGGUAAAAGAGUCAAUACGCACCCAAAUUUUCAAUACGGGCACUGUUUGACUGAAGGCGCCACUAUCAGACAAGAACCUCAAAUCCUUUCAGAGUUUAGCUCUGAUUUACAUGAUUAUUCAAUCACAUUCAAUCAAAUUUUGCUCCUUCCAAUGGAAUUGGAGCAAACAAACCCAGCUUAA